UUUCGCCAGAUGUUUGCGCGUGGUGUUACGCGCGUUACUAGUGAUUGCUAGGCAACGAAGGAUGAAACCCUGACUUUAACCGCGUUUGUUUUAAUUAACCACGUGGAUAUGUUUAGGUAAAUUUUGUCAAAAUUGUACACAGUGAAGAAAAAAAAAAACAUGGCCGUCCUCAGUACUUUGAGAGAAAUGAGUCUUCCAUACAAUUGUUACGAAGUGGGACAUACUUGGUCUCCUUUCUGUACCGAUGCCGCUUUGAAAAUUGCCUUUGAUUGCAUGAGAGAAUCGCUAAAGAUGUACGCUUCUCUAUACGGGUUAUCUCAGAUACUUCAGAAGAAAUUUUCUAUUGAAGCGUGUUUGAAGACUUUACAAAGCAGUAUAACGUCAUCUUGUUUCCUCUCGUUCAAUGUUUUUUCAUUUGUUUUCUUUUUUUGUUUACUUAGGAAAUGGAUGGGGAAAUUUUAUUACUUCCAUUGUUCCUAUUUACCAGGUUUUGCUGCAAGUUUUCUUGCGAUAUUGAUUGAGAAAAAGAACAGACAACAGGCUUUGGCUUUAUAUGUAACAAAUGUGGCAACUGAGACAUUAUUUAGAAUGUUUGCCAGUAGAGGAAUUGUUAAACCCAUUCCACAUGGUGAGGUUUUAUUGUUUGGCGGAGUAAUGGCAUUUUUUCUUUAUUCUAGCCGCAAAUAUGGUUAUUCCAAUGAUAUUGUUAGUGCUUGUCUCCGUUAUUUAAUUGGUACAGAAGAAAAUAAACGGUCUCCUAAAUGUAAAAAUGUUGAUAAUGGCGUGCCUUAUGAAACCUUAAUAGAUGAUGAUAAUCAUAAUAAAAUUCAAAAAAUAAAAAAAAUCUUUCGGUAUGAAUAUUUGAAACAUCAUUCAUGCCCUCAUAACGAUAUAUGUCCUAUAUAUGUGUCAAAGGGAUUUUUAUUUAAUUUUGCAAUAGGUUAUGGUGUUAAACUGGCAUUAAAGAUAUUGUCAAAGCCAAAAGCAUUUGUAAAAAAUCCUUUUAUCAUAUUUAAAGAGUUAACAAAUACUAAUUUAUUGAAUUCUGGAUUAUUUUUAGGAGGAUUCUCAGGAAUAUAUAAACUUGUAUCAUGCUUUCUGAGGUGGACACAAGGGAGAAAUGAAAAUUGGCAUGCGAUUCCAGCUGGAAUGUUAGCAAGCUGUAGUAUGUUUGUUUACCCUUCACCAUCAUUAGCAUUAUAUCUUUUUUGGAAAAUUAUUGAAAGAGGAUAUCUAAAUGGAAUGUCAAAAGGAGUGUUACCUUAUAUACCAGGAGGAAUAUUAGUACUUUAUGCAGUAUCAACUGCACUUCUACUUUAUGCAGCUAUUCUUGAACCCCAUCAUUUAAAGCCUGCUUAUUUAAAUUUUCUCCAGCGUGUAACAAAUAAUAAGUUGGCUCAAAUGAACAGGAAUGUAUUGGAUAUUUUUGGUACACAUGCUUCAAAAUUAUACCAGGAUUUCUUUCCUGAACUUGAUUUAAGAUACACCAGUCAUUCAUUCCAAGAAACAGUAUUAGUCUGGCUUAUUCAUUGAGAUGUUUAGACCCACCGAAUUGUACUCAAUAAACAAUUCUGAUAUUAUUUUUGUUUGUUAAAUUUAAUUAUUUCCUUAUAAUUUUUAAUGAUUAUAAAUAUUUACAAUUCUUACUCCAAAAAUGUUAAUAUAGAUUU